AUGAAGACCACCACCGCUCUUUUGGCUCUUGCCGCCGCGGCUGAGGGUUCUCCAUUGUUCUCCAAGCGGGGCAGCGCGAACGAUAUCUUCUAUGACAAGGAAAGGUUCUGCAAGGGCUGGGACUUCAAGACCAUCGAGGGCGUCGAGAAGCUCUGGGAAGAAACCGCUGCCGGUGUCUCCCUUGAGCUAUUCAUCAAGAACCACUGGGAGCACUCGAAGAACUGGCUCGUGAAUCUUGAGGACCAGGUGAUGGGGGGCACUGACGGCAAGUCUGGUGCUAGCGACUGUGCCCUCCUCGGAACACCCUGCAACCCCAUGAACGGCAUCGGUUGUGAGGAGCAGUUCGACAAGUAUGGCAAGACAUUUAUCGGCAAGAACUCGUACUGGACGUUCCAGGCCGUCAAGGGCAUGCAUGGCAAAUUCGCCGAGCUACACCGCCGGCUGACCACCGAGACUCUGGUCAAUGGUCUCAAGAUCGGGCAGAUGCUCGAGGACUUUGGCGGAAGCGAGAAAGGGGGAGGUAAUAUGAGGGGCUGGCUUUCAGCGGCCGCGACCAUGGGUAAUGCCCUUGGUGGCCUUAUGCCUGGAGUGGGCAAUGGCAUCUCUGCCGGUAUGGGUAUCUUGGCAGGUAUCAUGUCCGGCCUCUCCUUGGGCGAGGAUGAGGAUGACGGCGCUGCUACUAUAUCAGACGGUCUUGCCGACCUCUUCAAGAAUGCCUCAGUCAAGCUCGAGAAUACCCUCCGAAUUGCUACUGGAGGCGGCGAAAACGACGGCGAGUAUGACUCACUCCCCGCUCCCGUGUGGGAUACAUACGAGACCAAGAUCGCCAAGUUCUUCAACGGCGGCUGGUUCCUUCUCAACAACGACGUUGACACCGUGCACGUUACCCUGGGUUCUAUCACCAAUAACAUCCAGAAGAAGGUCGCCAACGAUGUUAUGAAGGCCUCCAAGCUUUAUCUUGUCGCCGAUAAGCUCGGCAGCAAGAACACUCGUGAGGAUUGCGAUGAAACCACCACUGGUCGGCACUGGUUGCCUCUUCGUGACGGCGAGGAGUACUGCUGGUAUAUCAUGCGAAACAAUCCCAACCCCAAUCAGUUUAAAGAUUGGACCGAAGUUGAUGAAGAUAUCUACAAGAAGAUGGGAGACUUCGGUCUGGGUGAUCGCGAGACCUACUACAAGGCUCUGAUCGACUGCGCACUGAACAAAGGCGAUAGUGACGACGUUGACACUAGCAACCUUGUUCAGGGAGAGAUCCCCCGAUGCUUUUUCAACUUGAAUACUGGGUUUGUUGAACGUGAUCCCACACAUGGCUGCGGAAGCCCCAUCGACCACGAGGACUGCGACUACCGCAGGUUCAAACCUCUCAAAUGA